GGUCACAGUCAGUACAAGCACAUGGCACAGGGCCAGGACAAGUUCAUCGUGGUAUAUAUGUUUCUGUCAACCAGACUGUUGUAAUUUUCUGAUGACAAAUGUGUGUCAUACACUGAUAAUGAGACCGACAUGGAUGAGGCGACCAACAAACAUUCACGGACGACUACGAACGCCGAAAUAAUCAGGUCGAAUGGAUUCUCUCCUGUCAGUGUGUCACACCGACCGUUACCACAAAAACCGCGUUCGCUUGUGCUCAUAAUGGUCUGCGAUCCCUACUAUUUUUAAAUCAAAGAUAAAAUAUCGCAGGUAUAUACAUAAAAACGGUGGGAAGGACCGAGCUCAACCUGUGCAGCGUUUUGAUUGGACUUUGACCUGCCGUAUAUUUACAGGCGAGGACACGAACACAGCAUGUUUAAAUAACAUAUCACCAGCCGACAGUCAAUACUGACGCUGCACAACCUGACGCUACGAGUAUUAGCAACUCAAUUCACCCAUGCAGUCCGACGAAAAGGAUGCGACAGCUACCUUUAUUGCCGGGGACCUGGAUCACCUGGAACCGGAAAAGAAGGGUCGCGAAGAGGGGCGUGAACAAUGGAGCCGAAAGAUGGACUUUGUGUUGUCGCUGAUCGGUUAUGCUGUGGGCGUCGGGAACCUGUGGAGAUUUCCUUACUUGUGUCUCAGGAAUGGCGGGGGUGCAUUUCUCAUUCCAUUCUUCACAUUCCUUCUUCUGGCCGGAAUUCCAUUAUUCUACCUGGAGGUAUGUCUGGGACAGUUCUCGGGAACAAGCUCGCUCUUCGUUUGGAAAUUAUGCCCUCUGUUUAAAGGUGUGGGAUACGGCAUGGUAAUAGUCUCAGGGAUGGCGUGCAUCUACUAUAAUGCUGUCAUCACGUGGGUCAUAUACUAUCUGGUCAACUCCUUCCGGUCGGAGCUACCCUGGAGCCGAUGCGGUCAUUGGUGGAACACGCCGACCUGUAUAGAUACCCGAAUGAUGUCACACAACACCACAGAUGGACUGACGUUUAAUACGUCAUUAGUAACGCAGAACUGUUCAACCAACCCUAUGUUGAACAUGACAGAGGCACAACGGCUUUAUGGGUCGAAUUACAGUCUCCUCAACAGUUCCAUUUUCAACAUGACAUCGGAGAGGGGUAAAACGGCGGCGGAAGAAUUUUGGCAAUACAACGUGUUGAGAAAGUCUUCCGGCUUGGAGGACUUAGGGAGUCUCCAGUUGCACUCCGCCCUGUGUCUACUGGCAGCCUGGUCCCUCGUGGUCCUCUGUCUCUUCAGAGGGGUUAAGUCCCUAGGCAAGGUUGUGUACGUGACUGCCCUCCUGCCGUAUGUGUUGCUGACAAUCUUCCUUGUCCGGGGCGCUAUGUUGCCGGGCGCCAUUGACGGCAUCAAGUUCUAUGUCACGCCCGACUUUUCCAAGUUGAAACAUUUUAGUGUGUGGAUAGAAGCUUGUAUUCAGGUGUUUUAUUCGCUGGGUCCUGCUUGGGGAGGUCUCAUCACCAUGUCCAGUUUCAACAAGUUCGAUAACAACUGUUUCAGGGAUGCCGUAAUUGCGACCCUGGCGGACGGUAUGACUAGUUUUUAUGGCGGAUUUGUCAUCUUCGCAGUCGUCGGAUAUAUGGCAAAAGAAUCAAAUCUACCUAUCACAGAGGUUGCAACCCAAGGUCCAGGACUUGCCUUGGUAGCCUACCCAGAAGCCAUAACACGACUUCCGUUUCCGCAAAUAUGGGCAGUGUUGUUUUUCUUUAUGCUGCUCCUCCUCGGGCUAGACAGUCAGUUUGGGAUGUUCGAGACACUUGUUAGUGGCAUACUGGACGCUUUUCCCAACAAACUGAGGAAGAGGAGGCUACUAGUGACUUCAUCCCUGGCAGCAGUAAGCUACCUAGUAGCCCUUCCGAUUGCUACUAAUGGUGGGAUAUAUGUCUUCCAACUGUUAGACUGGUUCGUUGCAGCUUUCUGUGUGCUUCUGACAUCAUUCCUGGAGUGUCUCAUCAUUGGGUGGAUAUAUGGGGUUGAGAGAUUUGGCAGAGACAUCGAGAUGAUGCUAGGGAGACCUCCAUCAUUACCCAUGAAGCUGUGUUGGUGUUUUGUUACACCCGCACUGAUGUUGGUUGCGCUCGUCUUCACAAUAUACACCUACAAGAUGCCUACCUACGAUGGCUACAUCUACCCAGUAUACGCCAGGGGGAUUGGAUUCGUCAUCUCAGUACUUCCGGUCAUUCCCAUCCCGGUAUUCAUGGUCUGGGAGCUGGCCAAGGCUGAGGGGUCACUUUUAGAGCGGCUGAAGCAUACCCUCCGUCCAGCUGCUGACUGGGGCCCAGCGAGGAAGGAGCAUAGUGACGAAUAUCGCAGAACAGCAGGGGAAUAUAACGCAAUGCCCCUCGCCACCUGGGUAGCCAAUAAGUUCUCGAGGAGUGUUUGAUGUUGUGACAGGUAGCGUGCAAGGUUGUGUGCUUCAGCCGUAUGUCAUAUGCUUAGAACCAUGACAAUCCAAUUAAAAUCAGACCUUUUAAUCCGAUACGAUUACCCUCUGCAUGAAGAUCUGAGGUUACAUUCAUUGGAGGUCUAAUCAUUCAACCACUUAGCGUCGUGCCUUCUAAAUUAUCAUUAGUAUUGACACGAGCAUAUCUGAUUUUGUACCUCCAUAACGAAUAAAAUAGAGGACAACCGAAUAAAAUAAUCCCGCGCUUCUAUAUUGCUGUGGUAAUAUAUACAUCCUGUUGUCUGUUAGCGCACUAUCAUCUACACCCGAAAUGGUUGCUCGGAGGAUAUAUUUAUAAGAUGCAAAUAUUAAAGCCGAAUUGGUUUUGAAAGCCGACAUCUGAUUCGCUCGAGACCUGACGCGUCCUUUAUUUUGAUUGGUCGGUGAAAGUUCGCUUAGGGUUCACUGGACGCGACCUUCCAUCAAGGUAUCGUAUCGGAGUAAAAUAUCUUAUUGUAGUAAGACUGAUAGUCGUGCCAUUGUGUACAUUAAAGUUAUUUGUUUUUCA